CUGUAGGUCGGCCGCCAUGACCACCACUUACUUUGACAACGACUUGGAGAGAGAGAAGGAGAGAUUGAUGAAUUGAUUUCUUUAUUCAGUAGAACGUAACCCCUUGUUAGAGAAGAAAAGAAAUAAGGAGCAGAUACGAAUGGAAAACCUAGUGAAGAUAACACCAUCCGGGUAGAAAUAACCUGAUACUAAAAAACUUCGCAAAGAAUGUGAUCACGUGUGAAACACGAGUGUACUGCGCAUGUCACAACAACCCUAUAUAGGUGGGGUUUUGAGGGAAGAGAGACACAUACCAGAGAAAACGCUUGACUGAGUUUGUCUCCCUGACUGUGAUGUCAGGGUCUGGUGCUGAGCAGUUGACGACAGACACGAAGUCGAACAACACGAUGAUGAUGAUGGCGAUGAGGUGAACUAAAAGGUGUCAGGUGAGUAUAGAAACUCUAGUUUUCCUCAUAAUCAAACAGUCGGGGCUGCAGUCUGUCCCUACAAGAGAACUUUCGUUCAGUCAAGUCACGUGACGUACACUGAAGAAAGAGGAAUGUGCAGGUUCAGAUUAUUACUGGGGAAGUGACCGUCCACCCUCUGGUCAACAGCUGGGGAUCUAAGCCACUGACUUGCGAUACAACUUUAGCAGGUCAGAGGUCAGUGUCCUGUCCUGGUACAGAAGGAAGAAGCCAGACACUUGGUCCUGUUCAGGGACUUCUACUGUGAGCCAUGUCUGUUCCUUCGUCGUCCUCUUCCAAAGAGGACAAGGCAAGGAAGCCAGCACAUGAUAAAGAAGAUUCCACAGAAAAAGCAACAGGACCAAACAGUGGAGGUGGUCGUGUUAGAAUUUACCUGCAUGCCGUCACUGACGCACAGGCUGAUCUUCUUACAAAUACAGGAUGUACACAACCCCUGGAAGAAGUCAAGAAGAAGACAGGAGCUGAUGUACAGUUUGACUCCAAGCCAUCAUCUGUACCUGGUAUGAAGAUUCUUGUCAUCCGCUGUGUUCCGACACAGAUCGAAGCAGCGGUCAGACUGAUCAGUGAGAUGACCAGCAGUCAGGGAACCCUUGUAGAUGAUGCUCAGACAUUCUGGCUCCAGUGGGUUGAGGCCGCGUUCCCUGAUCUCGACUCACGCGCCUACUUCCUGCCUCCUGUCUACUUCAACCGCGUGCCCAUGGUCAGACAGUUGGUAGCUGGUCAGGAUGUUUUAGUUCUUCAAGCACAAAAAAAAGAUGGUCAGUCUGACAAACAAGCCAUUGGUUCAUCUGUGUCAGCUCACGCUCAGGACAGAGACGACGGAAAUGAUGCAGCAAAGUAGAGAGUUGAUGGUCAGAACCCCAUUCAGGCUGAAGAUGUACAAGCCAACCAGUGCAGCCAACCGAAACCUGCUUCAUUCGCUUACCACACCCCGCCUACCGUUCUGGAUAGUGAUAUUAGAGAUGAUGCUACCGUACAGCGCGUUGUUGUCAGCCUGCAAAAGUAUUCUGAAAUGAACAGAGAAGUGCUGGUUGGACUCAGUGAGCUUCAGUUCAGUCAGUACCUGGGGGAACAUCGUUACGCUGCUGCGGCUGCCCAGCUCCCCCUACCCGCCAACCUUCCUCCUGCUCUGCCACGAAACUGGAAACAAGGAGACUUUGAUGUGCUUCUUAUUCACCGAAAGUACGGUUUUGUCGUCUGUGAGGUGAAGGCUUUUGGUGACAACAUUAAGACUCUAAACAUGUCACAUCAGGAUAUAGACAACAACAUUAGAAAGAAACUGAGACACGCCGUGAAACAGCUGGACAAGGCGGAGGCCAUGUUGUCUCACCUGGUGUCCGACAUCGCACCUGGUCUGCGCAUCACUAAAACAAUCGCGGUUCCUAACCUCACGACU